AUGGUGUUUAACGAACAUGACCGUGCUGGUAGUGGCCCGAACUACGAUGCGCCACGCGAGUUGCAAGAUCUACCCGCUGGCCAAGCAUACCACUUCCGCGAAUCCGACGAUGCAAACGCCUCACCGCGCUCUCCCGUGAGCAAUCCCUACCAACCCGACUACGAGCAAUUACCUACUCCCCCUCCCAUCGGUGCAGUACGCCCCGUCCCCGACCAGAACGACUCGAGCCGUGAUCUUCUGCACAAUUCAUACCAGGGCAGCCCAGGCCACAACAGCUACGAUGGUCAAGGGAGCUUUGGACACAACAGCUAUGGACCUGGCUCUUUCGGCCACUAUCCUCCCGACCAGCACGCUCAUUUGUCUGGAUCGCCUGGCUACGAAUACCCAGAGCCUGAGUACGAUGUCGAAGCUUCGCGCCUGGCCGAGUCCCGUCUCUCUGUCAUGCAUCGUGCGCCCACAAUGCAGGACUGGGGCGAGAACGGCGAGGCCCUCUCUGUCCCUCCCGACUUCGCCCAUGGCCGCCCAGACUCAGCAUACCAGGAAUUCGACGUGGACGAGAGCUGGUUGAUGCGACAGCAGCAACAGCAGGCCGCCGGUGGUCUUGGCCGCUCAAAGACCCGAAAGGUCAAGCUGGUCCAGGGCUCCGUCCUCAGCAUCGACUACCCAGUCCCCAGCGCCAUCAAGAACGCCAUCGAGCCGCGGUACCGCAACGGCCCUGGGAGCAUGGAGGAGGAAUUCACAAAGAUGCGCUACACAGCUGCUACAUGCGACCCGAACGACUUCACCCUGCGCAACGGCUUCAACCUUCGUCCGCGCAUGUACAAUCGUCACACCGAGCUCCUCAUCGCCAUCACCUAUUACAACGAGGACAAGGUGCUCCUCGCGCGAACGCUCCACGGAACGAUGCAGAAUAUUCGAGACAUUGUGAACCUCAAGCGCUCCAAGUUCUGGAACAAGGGAGGUCCAGCUUGGCAGAAGAUCGUGGUGUGUCUUGUCUUUGAUGGUCUCGACAAAGUGGACAAGAACGUUUUCGACGUCCUUGCCACUGUUGGUAUCUACCAAGAUGGCGUUUUGAAGAAGGACGUCAACGGCAAGGAAACGGUCGCACACAUUUUCGAGUACACGAGUCAAGUCUCCGUCACGCCCGAUCAACAGCUCAUUCGACCAGACCCCGACAAGCCGCAUCGCAAUCUGCCGCCCGUGCAGUUCAUCUUCUGCCUCAAGCAGAAGAAUAGCAAGAAGAUCAAUUCGCAUCGCUGGCUGUUCAACGCCUUUGGCCGCAUUCUUAACCCAGAAGUUGCCAUUCUCAUCGACGCCGGAACCAAGCCCGGCCCGCGCGCCCUGCUGUCUCUCUGGGAAGGCUUUUACAAUGACCGCGACCUCGGCGGCGCCUGCGGAGAGAUCCACGUUAUGCUGGGCAAGGGCGGCAAGAUGCUCCUCAACCCGCUCGUCGCGGUACAGAAUUUCGAGUACAAGAUCUCAAACGUCCUCGAUAAGCCGCUGGAAAGUGCCUUUGGAUAUGUUAGUGUCUUGCCAGGUGCCUUUUCUGCGUAUCGCUUCCGUGCGAUCAUGGGUAGGCCCUUGGAGCAGUACUUCCACGGCGACCACACACUCUCCAAAACUCUGGGCAAGAAAGGUAUCGACGGCAUGAAUAUCUUCAAAAAGAACAUGUUCCUUGCCGAGGACCGAAUUCUAUGCUUCGAGCUGGUUGCCAAGGCUAGUCAGAAGUGGCAUCUCAACUACAUCAAGGCUUCCAAGGGCGAGACUGAUGUCCCUGAAGGCGCCGCUGAGUUUAUUAGCCAGCGACGUCGAUGGCUCAACGGAUCUUUCGCCAUGUCUCUGUAUUCCCUGAUGCAUUUUGGCCGAAUGUAUGGUUCUGGCCACAACGUCAUCCGUCUCUUUUUCCUCCACAUCCAGUUCGUCUACAACUUGCUCAACGUCCUGUUCAGUUGGUUCUCGCUCGGCUCUUUCUACCUCACCACCACGAUCAUCAUGAAGCUUGUCGGAAACCCCCAGGUUCUCUCCGCAUACCACGGAUGGCCAUUUGGCGAUACGGCCACGCCCAUCGUCAACGUCCUUAUCAAAUAUAUCUACGUCGCCUUCCUCGUUCUGCAGUUCGUCCUGGCCCUCGGAAACAGACCCAAGGGUGCGCAGUACACAUACGUCCUCUCCUUCAUGGUUUUUGGCUUGAUCCAGCUGUAUCUUCUCGUCUUGACAGGUUAUCUCGUCUACCGCGCUUUCACGGGUACACCGAUUGAAGAACAGAUCUCAUUCGCGUCCGGCCAAGCCUUCUUCGAUAGUUUUUUCGGGGGCGAGACAGGCGUCGCAGGUCUGAUCAUCAUUGCCCUAAUCACCAUCUACGGUCUCAACUACAUCGCAUCUUUCCUCUACCUCGACCCGUGGCACAUGUUCCACUCGUUCCCUCAAUAUCUCGUCCUCAUGUCCACCUACAUCAACAUCCUGAUGGUCUACGCCUUUAACAACUGGCACGACGUGUCCUGGGGAACAAAGGGUUCCGAUGCCGCCGAGGCUCUGCCUUCAGCCAACAUUGUCAAAGAUGAGAAGGGCAAGGAAGCCGUGGUUGAAGAAAUCGAGCAAGAGCAGGAGGACAUUGACAGCAAGUUCGAAAAGGUUGUCUGGCGAGCCCUUGCACCCAUGAGCGAAAUAACAGAGGAAGCACCCGAGAAGAAGGACGUUGAAGACUCAUACAAAUCUUUCCGAACUGGUCUGGUCAUUCUUUGGUUACUCUGCAAUAUUGUUCUUAUCGUCUUUGUCACAACAGACGACUUUAUCACUCUCGGCGUCUCUAAAGCCUCUGAGGUUCGAACACCGAUGUAUUUCCGCGUUCUUCUGUACUCGACAGCUGUGCUGUCUCUUGUCCGCUUUUUCGGCUUCCUCUGGUACAUUGGACGAACCGGCAUCAUGUGUUGCAUUGCAAGGCGAUGA